UAUCAGUGCCGCAGGAAAAGCGCAGAGAAGACGCCGCGGAAAAAGAUAGGAAGGAGGGAGAGGGGGAAACAGUUAGAAAAGAGAAUAAAUAACAACAUGGAGACAAACAGCGUGGUUAGUUCCUGUGUGAAACUGUCCGCUGGUGUUGGGCUGUAGAUCUCCUCCUUUGACGCACAGCUGCUCCGUUAUGUCGGACAAUCUGAGGAGAAAAACGUCAGGGAAUGGGGGAAAUCUUCAGAAAUCCUGUUGCUAAACUGCGCCGUGCUGUCUAAAUAUCUUCUAAACUGGGGAUGGUGCUGCUGUAAACGAGGAGCGCCCCAAAACUCGUCGUGAUCUCCAACCCAGGCCACGCUCAAAGUUUUUUUUUCUUCCAUUUUUGUCAGCUGAAGGGGAAAUUUUGCUGCAUUGAAUUCCUCUGGACGGGAUGUCAUCCGCAGUCAGGACGAAUUCCUCUGGCUGACUGAUCCUACAGUGUAGCAGGGCUCCAGAGAGAGAGAGAAGAUGGGAGAUGCGACAGAUGACAGAGGGAUGAGGAGGACCUUCAUCGUCCCUGCCAUCAAGAGCUUCGAUCACUACGACUUCACCAGGGCCAAGAUCUCCUGCAGCCUGACGUGGCUGGUGGCCAAGGCGUUCGGCUCGGACGCAGUCCCAGAGGACCUGGUGGAGCCUCUCUACAGGGACCAGUACAAGCAGGAGCACCUGAAGCCUCCGGUGGCCUGCCUGCUGCAGUCCGCUGAGCUCUACUGCCGGGCGGGGAGCCUGAUCCUCCGCAGUGAUGCUGUCAAACCAUUACUGGGACACAACGCUGUCAUCCAGGCCCUGGCUCAGAAAGGCCUGUACGUCACUGACCAGGACCGCCUGGUCACAGAGAGAGACCUGACCAGCACGCCCAUACACAUGAGUUCCCACCUGGCCCUCAUUGAUACCCUGAUGAUGGCGUACACUGUGGAGAUGGUGAGUGUGGAGAGGGUGAUGUCGUGCAUCAACAGGUACUCCUCCGCCGACCCCUCAUACGGUGACGGACACAUUCAGGAGCUGCCGUAUGACACAGAGGAUGCUAUCGCCACCUGGAUCAACAAGGUGACUGAAUACUUAAGGGACAUACUUGUUGAAGAGCAAAAGCUGAGAGAAGCUUCCAUUCAGGAGUCAAACUCAACAACCAACAAAGCUCGCUGCAGGCGGGAGCAGGCGCAGCAGAUGAGUGCUCCGUCACUCCCCCUGGUGGAGAACCUGCUGAAGGACAACACAGACGGCUGUGCCCUGACCGCCCUGCUGCACUUCUACUGCCCACAGGCCAUCAGACUGGAAGAUAUCUGCCUCAAGGAGACUAUGUCUUUGGCUGACAGUCUGUACAACCUCCAGCUGGUGCAGGAGUUCUGCAGGAACAACCUCAACCACUGCUGCCACUUCAGCCUGGAGGACAUGCUCUAUGCACAUGCAUCCAUAAAGAGUAACUACCUGGUGUUUAUGGCUGAGCUUUUCUGGUGGUUUGAAGUGGUAAAACCCUCAUUUGUACAGCCCAGAGUCUUCGAUCCAAACGCCUGUGAGCCUGUGUCCUCCUGUAGAAAUAUGGCUCCUGUGUCCAGUCCUGUCAAACAGAGCUAUGCAGACAGACCUGACAGCCCAGAGAACAUCCCUUCACAGGGUAUAAUGAAGAGGUCUACCUCCAUGUCCUACGUGGAUGGCUGUGUUGGGACAUGGCCCAAAGAACAUCGCUCCUCCUCUCGGGGAAUCUCCUUUGAGAUUCCUCUGGACGGAGAACCCACUCUGCCGUCCGGCGGCAUGACCCGCUCUGCCAGCAGUGACGGCCUGGGGUUCAAAGUUCACUAUGCAUCUCGAGGGAGCAUGAAACGCCACCUCUCCCUCAUGCCUGUUGAUGUAAAUGGACAGAGCAGACACAUACCAGAGGAGGAUGAUGAGUUCACUUCCCAGAAAUCCCUGGGGCGGAGCAACACGUUCUCCAUCAAGAACCAAAGCAGGUGCUCCAAUGGAGUCCUCCCUGAAAGCAACCAUAGCCACAACGAUCACCAUGGCAACCACAGUGGCCACAUCAGCCCAUCCUCCCCCCCGAGCAUCGAGGAGGCGCUGAAGAUUAUCCACGACACGGAGAGGCCUCACGCCUGCCUCGGGUCGGGGGACGGAGACGAUGGCUUCUUCCUCCAUGGUGCGGAGCCGUCAGACCCUCCGGGGGCUCACGGUCCAGGAGACGACCUGGGACCAGCUAAGGCUCGGCCAAACGACCACGACCCCAACUCCCUGUCCACCGAUGAAGUGGACACGGGCAUCCACGUGAGGACAGAGGACAUCCAGAGCUUGGAUGAGGACUCCUCCUCUCUGAGAGACUACUCAGAUAUUGACCAAGACUGUGAGGCCAUGACCCGGUCCUGUCCGCUGCCUGACCAGCCGGAGAGGGAGAGGAGCCGGCCCGGAGGAGGGGAGGGGGUUGGUCAGACUAACCCUGAGGGUGGGAGGGGGGACGGUGGGGACAGCCCCUGUCCCAGUACAGCACCCACCAUCCACAGAUCCCACACACUGAGCCCCGCCUCGUCCUGCGGAGGCUCUGGGGCCAUGGUCCGCAUGACGAGCUUUGCAGAGCAGAAGUUCAGGAAGCUGGAGGGAAGGAGCAGCGGAGGAACAACCCCAGAGAGUUCAGACCUCAAUGUGCCGUACACACACCUGCCAAAAAGCUUUUCUGCUCAGAUAUCUACACCUCCUUUGCCAAUCACAUCUCCCUCUCCAGCAACGCCUUCCCCCAGAGACCCCUCCCACCUGAUAGCCACAGAGAUGAUUCAGCUGAGGAUGAAGCUGGAGGAGAAACGUAGAGCCAUUGAAGCCCAGAAGCAGAAGGUGGAAGCAGCGUUCACCCGCCAUCGCCAGAAGAUGGGCAGAACAGCCUUUUUGAAUGUAGUAAGAAGAAAAGGGAUCACUGCCCCCCUCAGCCCCAGCUCAGCAGCAGCAGAAGCCCCUUCCCCAGAGCCACUAUCAGCCUCAAAGGAAACCAGGCAGGGCAGCAUGGAGGGGGCGGAGAGAUGCAAGCCAGAUGGAGCAGCGCCUAGAUCCCCCUGUGAGGAUGGAGCAGGAAUGUCUCCAGGAGAAAUCGACCUUACGGAAUACACGCGCUCCAUCGAUAGGCUGAACACGUCGCUGGGCUUCCUGCAGACAGAGAUGCAGCGUCUGGCCCAGCAGCAGGAGAGGAUCAUGUCUAUGAGAGAGCAACAGCAGCAAUCCUGGGUCAUCCCUCCUCCUGCUCCAUCUCCACACAGGCAGCUCCGUGAGUUGCGCAGCAGCAGUGUUACAGGCCGGGGGUCAGGUCGAGGCUCGGUUGGGUCUUUAUCCCCCAUCCUCUCUUCUUCAGGCUCUCCCCAAGCUCCCAACCGUUCCCCUGCUGGCCUAAAGCGGCGGCCGGCCUCCUUCCACGCCAGGACACCUCGGACUCCACGGCCAAACGAUCUGAAGGUCACGCCCUUCAGUCGAAUGCUCAACACCCAGACCUCAGUGGACAGCCUACCCAGACUGAGGCGUUUCAACCCCAGCCAGAACCAGAACAGCUCGUUUGCUUACCUGGGCCACGAUGAGGGGCCUCCUAAAAAUAGGGACCAAGAAGCCAGGGACAACAACGAAAGCACUAAGGACAAAGAAGAGGAUGUGGAGAGGAAGAGUGCUGGCACUCCUCAAGCUACUAAUAUUGAAGCAGCCAAAGAGAGGGAAGAUGAGGGCGAAAGAAAGACUCUUUUGAAGCCAUCAGGCUCCUCAGAGGUGGUGAAGGAGCCUCCAUCUGACCUGAGACCAGCAGGAAGAGCUCCCCUCGGUCAGGAGAUGGCGGGAGAGGGAGAGGCAGGAGCAGACAUGUAUGGAGAAGACCAAAAGAUAUGCUGUGGAUUCUUUUUUAAGGAUGAUGUGAAAGGGGAAGAAGACAUGGCAGCAAAGAAAGCAGCUCUGCUGGAGAAGAGGCUGAGGAGGGAGAAGGAGACUCAGGAGAAGAAGCAGGAGCAGGAGCUGGACCAGGAGCAGAAGAGGGAAGCUGCACGGUUGAAAGCAGAGGAGGACCAGCUGAAGAAGGAUGACGAUAAGGCGAGGAAGGAAUACAUCAAAUAUGAAUACUUGAGGAGGAAGCAACUCAAGCUGAUGGAGGACAUGGACGACGUCAUCAAGCCCCGAACAGGAAGUCUCAAGAAGAAGCCGAGACCCAAGUCCAUCCACAGGGACGUCGUGGAGUCUGCGCCCCCCGUGAGAGCGACAGGGGUGCGUCCUCGAGGAUUCUCAGUAUCAAGUGUUUCUUUGGCAUCUCUCAAUCUGGCUGACAAUGACAAGGAUCUGCCAAAUAACAAAAAGAAUAACAGAGGCAAAAAAGUAUCCCAUAUCCCGUUCUUUCUAAACUCUCCCAAAGAAAGAAAGGGAAGGCCGGACUCUGCAGAAGGCCUUUCUUCUUGUCCUUCGACUAUUAGUCGUAACGGAGAGAAGGAUUGGGAAGAUGACUCCACCACCUCUUCCAAUCCCUCCAACAAUGAGUACACAGGACCCAAACUAUACAAGGAGCCGAGUGCCAAGUCUAACAAGCACAUCAUCCAGAAUGCCCUGGCUCACUGCUGCCUGGCUGGCAAGGUCAACGAAGGGCAGAAGAACAAGAUUCUUGAUGAAAUGGAGAAAUCUGAAGCCAAUAACUUCCUGGUGUUGUUCCGUGACGCGGGUUGCCAGUUCAGGUCUGUGUACGCCUACUGCCCCGAGACGGAGGAGAUCACCAAACUGGCCGGCAUCGGGCCGAGGAGCAUCACGACCAAGAUGAUCGAGGGCCUGUACAAGUACAACUCAGACAGGAAGCAGUUCAGUCAGAUCCCAGCCAAAACCAUGUCCGCCAGUGUGGACGCCAUCACUAUCGCCAGCCAUCUGUGGCAAACCAAGAAGCAGGGGACGCCCAAAAAACUACACACUAAGUAGCGCCAGAUGGCCGGGCAAUAUUUGGACAAGCUUCUCUGGAAUUUGUGGAUUUAGCUUUUUCAUUAAAAGGACUCACAAUCCCACUGUCACAAAUCACAACUGGAAUGUAGAACACGAGUGGGCCUCACAGACGUUGUUGUUACAGAGUUGGUUAUUAUGCUCUGGACUACCUUUAUGGGGCACAAGUGUACUCGUCAGCAUGUGUAUUGAUGUUCCCAUGUGCCAAAAAAAGAGAAGAAAAUCAUAGGCGGACCAAUGCCUUACCUAGUUGAACCACUGAAGCACUGAAUGUCACGCCUCAGAAAGAGGCAGUUUGGUUUCUAUAAGUUGUGUGGCCUUAUGCUUGUUUUGUGUCAAAUGGAUGCGAUGUGAGUGUUGUUGUCAUUUGUCAGCACCUGUUUAAAGAGGUUGUGUGUACUCACAGGUCUGGGAUCAGAUGAUGCCCCCCUCAAAAGGGUGGUCUGCCUGAUCUGUGAUCAGAUAGAGGAGGCGUUUUUGAUGAGAGUUUCGCUGCUAUUAAGGCGCAUUUUUUUCUUUUUUUACAUGUGACUGAAAAUCAUAUAAACAUCUAAAACUUGUGUAUGUGUGUGUACAGUGAAGUGCCAAGACGAGUGUGAAAAAAACCUCAGUUGGUGAUUGCAAUGACUUUCCAAAAGAGUAUUGAGUACAUGGAGUACCAUGAAACAAUUCUGGAAAGCACUUGCAAUAUACUCUUAAUUUAUUUCAUUUUAAAAGCGACUUAGAUUUUAUUCAGAGAAACAUAAUUUACAGUACACAUAAAAGGUAAAUUAGUUUGUAUAUGAUGGAAGAUCCAUUCAAAACUCCACUUGCAGCUUUUCAGUAGCUUUUUUAAUGUAUCACGUGUGUGUCCAUGUGUUGUUGUUUGUGGCCUUUAAUUGUGCUACAAAUGCAAAAAGUGUGAUCACUCACUGUUAUCACUAAUAGGACUAUCAUUAGUAGUAGAAUAGACUGAAUUCACACUCUGUGUCAGCAGUCUGUGCAAUUUAAGAGUUAUUUAAAUAAUCACCAUUUGACCAUGUUGCAGUUGGAACUAACAAAUACUGAAAAAUACACUUUAUUGUGGACAUUGAUGUAAUUAUUAGAUCAUGAUUACCCUUAAAGUAGUCCACAAUUGUAAAUAAAUGAAUUCACCUAGCACUUCAGAUCCUGUCCACUGUCGUUGAGGCGCUUUUGCUUCAGGACCUUCAUGCUUGUUGCUUCACUUUUAUUACUGUUGCUUUUUUAAAUCACAGGUUACUUCAGUAUGUGUUGACACUGUACAUAUAUAUAUUUUGGCAUAUAGAAAUAUUUUUUGUAAUGACAUUGACGUGUUGGAGGUUUGUACUAAUGAACCAGUACAGUUGUUGAAAGAUGCGAGUUAAAAGCAAAGGCAUGGUGUAUAUAAAGUCUAAACGACUCUUUAUUGUGGUAUCGUAUGCAAAUCCAUUAAGUAUACUAAGAAAAACAUAGUAUUUUUUUCCAACUCUGAAUUCAUUUUUUCUUGCAAUUUACAAAAUAUGCUCAAAUGUUCAUGGAUUUUCAUUGUUUUUCUAUUACUUUGAGCUUAAUUAAAAUGCCAGCUAUCAACAGUAA